AAAGUCAAGGCCAGCACUGGCUGACUGAAGCAGAGACAGUCUGAGGGAGGGGCAGGGGCAGCAGGGAGCUGGGCCCACACUCUAGGUGAGGCUUAGGCUUGUUGGUACUUAGACUUCCCAAGUAGAUGGGCCACUGGUACUAGGGAAUAGGGAGUCCUGCUCUCUGCUGUCGGGGGCUGGGCAGGGAGUUACGAAAGAGAUCAAGAAGGCAAGAGGCCCCAGACACACAGGAACCCCUUCAGUGGUCCAGGUGCUCUGAAGGGAGUGGUCUGGUGGUGUGUAGUAGGCCCCAGAGGUGGAGGCUCUUUCCCGUGAGUCUCCAUUCACUGUUUUGGAAGACAAGGCACUGGCCCAAGAUUCCCUGGUGCUGGUCUCUGGUUUGGCCCAGUGUUUGUGAAACGGCUCCAGGAGACACGUCAUUCAUCCACAGUUCAACUUUCUUUACCUUUGAGAACAAGAAAAGCAAGUGACAGUUGUGGGUGGAUCGCAGGGGUCAGGGUGGGUGGCUCCUGGCUCCAGGCUUGGCUUUUGCCCAGUGCUGAAGGCCGCCACUGCUAUACCAGUGUGUUGCCUCUGCCCACCCAGUGUGGACACUCAGCCCUGGGAGACUUGGCCCCUGCCUCGACCCCAGUGUUCUUCCCCCUGACCUUGGCAUCCCCUCUGCCACAUUGCCCCCUGGCCCAGCAUGCUCCUUGUUGCCUUCCCACCACGGGUGUCUCAUCCCCUAGCUCAUCCUGGCAUUCGAGGCCCUAGAGCUGGCCUCGGUGUCCCAUACCGCUGUGGCACUGGGAAGGUGUUCACCCUUUUCCACACUGCUACACCCCCAUCCUCCUCCAUCUGUCCCAGAUGUUCACCCGGUCUUGCCUCUCUCCUGCAUCAUACCUUCCUCAGGGCAGGGCUUACCCACAUGCCAGUGAGUACCAGGCAAUGGUGAGGGCUCAGUAGAUACCCGGGCCCUGUCCUGCCCCCUGCAUCUGGCACACAGUAGGCGGGUACCAGGGCCAAAGUCAUGGACGGACUUAUAGCUGGAGAGGGGUAGAGAGGAGAGGGCUGUGUGGAGCAGACCUGGUGCCCUGGGAAAAGCUUCCCCUGAUGUCCUGGCUCUGCAGCUAAGGCAAGGGCUAGCCCUGGCUAUUCAGUGGCCUGAUAGAUGGUAGUGUAUACUUUAUCCCAGCGAUGGGACUCUGGGCAAGCCCGCAGCUCCCUAACUGGGUUGGGAUCUGGGAAGGCUAGACCCGGCCUUGAAUCAGAGAUGAGGGAAAGGAGGAGGAGGGGAUUGCUUCCCCGGAAUCGUCUGGAAGCAGCCUAGUGCCUGGGGCAGGGCAGCCUGCCUCACCCCAUCUUAGUGAUGAGGAGAACAGUUCAGGGGGCUGCAGCCAGGCCUGCCGCUACCGUCCAUCAGCCCGAGCAGGUCUCCAUAUGAAGACUGAUGAGUUCUUCCAUGGAGUGGGCACAGAAAGUCUACCCUGCUGCUGCCAUCCUCCUGGGCUUCCGAAGAGCUCCCCAAGAGGGCACUCGGUAGACGGAGCAGCUAGACAGUGGGUGGGCUUGCCUUCCGCAGAAUUCAGAAUCAGUCUCCAUGCAAUGACUUCAUUCAAUUCCCGUGUGUGCCCAUUCCCAAGCCACCUUAGGUCAGCUCCCCAGUCUCCCCUCCCCCAUCUCUGCCUUGUCCACUCACGGGGUCACGGCCAUGCCACCCUCAGGCAGGACACCUCCCCCCCAAGCCUACAGCCAGAAGCCCGCUCUUCUCCCUGAAUGCACUGGAUUUGGAGUCAGGCUGAGGAGAGUGGAGUCUCUGGCAUGCUCACUUGCUGUGUGAUCCUGAGCCAAUCGCUCUACCUCUCUGAACUUUUUCCUCCCUCCUAAAAGUGGGCAUGGUGAGAGUUCCUGCUCUCAGUGUCAAUGUGCCCAGUACAAGGUGGGCACUGGUAACUCACAGCCUCCUCACUGGCUGGGUGAGCAGCCCCAAAGGCCUGGGGACAGUCAGGGAGUGAGGCAGGCCGAGCAUUGCUUUUUGUCUGUAAGAGGCUACCACGGGGUUUGAUGGACAGAGGGGAGGGCCUCCUAUGCCUUGGGGACCGAAGGCUGGCAGGAUGGGAAUGUCCUGGUCACCUCCCACCCACCCCGAGUCCUCUGCUCUCUGGUUGAGAGCAAAGUCUCCCCAGGAUGAGGGUGAAGAGUAAGGCCUCUCACGGCGGCCACUUGCUUCCUUGUGGGGCCGACUUUUGUUCUGCUGAGGACGAGAAUUUACCAAGCAAAUGGCCUGGGAAAGCCGUUUGAGUAAUCUGACUUCCCAACCCUAGCACCCUCGAGGUGUGGCGCGGCCUCUUCCUUCUCUCCAGGCCCCUGUUUCUUCACCUAUAUGAAGAGAUAAGGCUGCCUUUUGCGCCUGCUUAUCAAGUCAAGAUCACAAAAGCGGAUCCCUCCAAAAGUGCUUUCUGGAAACACUCACAUUGGAUUGUGUGCGUGUGGAGGGCUCUCUCCUCAGACUCCACCACGAUUCCAGUAGGGACUUCUCGAGCUCACUGGAGCAGAAGAGGUCGCAGGCAUUCCUUUUUGGUCUAAGGCUGCAAUGCCAGGAUGGCCGAACCUCGAUUUAACAACCCCUACUUCUGGCCCCCUCCUCCCACCAUGCCCAGCCAGCUGGACAACCUGGUCCUGAUUAACAAGAUCAAAGAGCAGCUGAUGGCCGAGAAGAUCCGGCCGCCCCACCUGCCACCCACCUCAGCCUCAUCACAGCAGCCACUGCUAGUGCCCCCCGCGCCCGCCGAGAGCAGUCAGGCCGUCAUGUCUCUGCCCAAGCUGCAGCAGGUGCCGGGGCUGCACCCGCAGUCUGUGCCGCAGCCCGACGUGGCGCUGCAUGCGAGGCCGGCCACCAGUACUGUCACAGGUCUGGGCCUUUCCUCUCGGACCCCUGCUGUGAGUACAUCUGAGUCAACUCCAGGCACUGGCACAGGCACCAGUACCCCGUCCACACCUACCACCACCAGCCAGAGCCGCCUCAUCGCCUCAUCCCCCACCCUCAUCUCAGGGAUCACCAGCCCCCCCCUCCUGGACUCCAUCAAGACAAUCCAGGGUCAUGGCCUCCUUGGCCCCCCCAAGUCUGAACGCGGCCGCAAAAAGAUCAAGGCAGAGAACCCAGGAGGUCCCCCUGUCCUUGUUGUCCCCUACCCCAUCCUGGCCUCCGGUGAGACCGCAAAGGAGGGCAAGACAUACAGGUGUAAGGUGUGCCCGCUCACCUUUUUCACCAAGUCAGAGAUGCAGAUCCACUCCAAGUCACACACAGAGGCCAAGCCCCACAAGUGCCCGCACUGCUCCAAGUCCUUCGCCAACGCCUCCUACCUGGCUCAGCACCUGCGCAUCCACCUGGGGGUCAAGCCCUACCACUGCUCCUACUGUGACAAGUCUUUCCGACAGCUCUCCCACCUCCAGCAGCACACCAGAAUCCACACAGGCGACAGACCCUACAAGUGCCCACAUCCUGGCUGUGAGAAGGCUUUCACUCAGCUCUCCAACCUCCAGUCUCACCAACGCCAGCACAACAAGGACAAGCCCUACAAAUGUCCCAACUGCUACAGGGCCUACUCAGACUCCGCCUCCCUCCAGAUCCACCUCUCCGCCCACGCCAUCAAGCACGCUAAAGCCUACUGCUGCAGCAUGUGUGGGCGGGCCUAUACCUCGGAGACCUACCUGAUGAAGCACAUGUCCAAACACACAGUGGUGGAGCACCUGGUGAGCCAUCACUCACCCCAGAGGACGGAGUCCCCCGGCAUCCCGGUGCGAAUCUCCCUGAUCUGAGCCCACCUGUGGCGCCGCCCCGCCCACUUGGCCGACGCAGACCCAGGCAGCACCCAGCCUAACUCCUGCUGGGCCUCCAGGAACCACCAAGCUCUCGUGACGACCUUUCCAACCUGCCAGAAAGCUUGGCCCGCAGAAGCCCUGCCUGGUCCGGCUCCUGGGCAGCCAGGCCAACUGCAAGAUUCUGGACUGUUCUGGUGGCAUCCAAAGACGAUCUCAGAGCACUUUGAACCUGUCUGUUGGGUUUUCUUUUUGUUUCCUCUCCCUCACUUGCUUCACUGUUUUUUUUUUUUUUUAAGUUUGUUUUGGAAAUAACAAAAAGGAUAUUUAUUGGCCAGAAUGUUGGUGCUGCUAAGAACAAGAAAUUAAAAGGACUGGACAGACGGAUACAGAGAACCGGAGGGCAGCGUGGGACCUUCUCUGGCCAUUGCCUCAGGUCUUGAGGGGAGGCUCAGGCCUGGGGUUCUGAACUUCAAAGGGGACCCUCCCCCAGGUGGGAGGAUACAGGAGACAGCUGGAAUGAGCCCUUCGGCCCCGUGGCCCAGCUCAGACUGCCUGAGCCUUGUCCUAGCCUUCCCUGGGCGGAGGGCUCGGCAGCUGCCAGGGCUGCCUGGCUUCAGGGCAUGGAAACAGGAGGGGUCUGGAGAGCCGCGGGACCAAAGGGUGCAGUGACGGCUGGGUGGCGAGCCCAGGGAAGUGGGUUGGGGAGGUGCCUGGUGAGGCCUGGCUCCUCCCCUGCUGCCCUGAAGACCACCCCAGUCUACCUCGGUGCUGGCCAGGAAACCUAUCGGCUACCUCUCCCACCACUGCAGACUGUGGGCAGGGGGAUGGGGAUGGAGUGGGUCUGGGGCUAAGACUUCCUUCAGAAUUCCCUCCAGAAGGGGACAGUGCCCAGGGAGGGGUUGUCUUUCUUGCCACAGAAGAGGACUCCCCAACCCAGACCCCAGGCCCUGCAGCAGGGAUAGGAUCCUCCAAAGGAGGUCCUAGGAGCAGACCCUGCCCCCAGUCCCCCCAGACAUCCCAAUCCGAAAGCCAUGCGUGUCCAUGUAUAUAGGAACUAUGUACAGAGCCCAGAGAAGCCCUUCCACACCCCCCCAGAGAAGAAGAAAACUAGACAAAACUCAUCUAUAUAUUCUGUAUCUGGAGUCCGUUUGAAUAUUAACUGUGUUAUUUUUAUACACUUUUUAAGCCUUAACUCGCCAUUGAUUUACCAGUUUAACGUUUCCUGGGGUUUCUUUUCCACUGGGGGGUUCUCUGCCCCCCACCCCACCCCUUUGUUUGCGUCGUCGGAUACUCAGUAUUGUAGCUUUUCGUCCGCAUGUUACUACCCUGUAAAUACGCUGUUCCGAUGCUGUUAACACCCUUGGCUUUUUUUCUAUGGGACCUCCAGGCCACCAUAUUUAGAAAUAGUUACCUUAUUAAAAAAGAGAAAAUGG